AUGGUGGACCGUACGGUUUGGAGAGACUUGGAUGGGAACUCAUGUUCGUUUUGUUCAUCAGAAGUGUGGCAUGCUAUUCGGUGUAGGCAGAAUCAGGUCUCCUGGGUUGAUGGGGUAUGGUUUUCUCAAUGCAUCCCUCGACAUUCAUUUCACUUAUGGUUAGUCAUAAAGAAUAAACUUAAAACCCAAGACCGGCUUGCUGCGUGGGAGGCAGGAAGUGUAACAAAUUUAAACCUCAUGUGUUGUCCGCUGUGUAGAACUAAUCGGGACUCUAGAGAUCAUUUGUUCUUUCAGUGCUCGUUUGCUUCUAAAGUGUGGAACGAAGUUAAGAAUAUGGUUCAAAUGGGUAAUGUUGAUAGCACUUGGCAAUCGAUUAUGACGUGGAUGGAACGAAAUGCAAGCUCGAAUAAGACGGGGCAUAUUAUAUGCAAGCUGGUUAUUGCGGCUUCGACUUACUUCAUAUGGCAAGAGAGAAACAAUUGUCUAUUUUCCAAUGCUUUUGCUGAUCAGAAUGUGGUGAUUCAGAGGAUUAAGGAAGCUGUUCGUUUACGUUUAAUGGGGUUCAAGUUCCGAAGACAAUCGAGUAUUGAGAGUCUUCUAAGGACAUGGAAGAUCGGCUCCAAUGAUGAGGCAAAUGAUCCGGGCUAG